GAGAACGCAGAAACAGAGAAACCCUAAUCGCCAUGGACAGGAUCAGCGACCUGCCGGAUUGCAUACUGUUACACAUCCUCUCCUUCCUCCCUACCAAAACCGCCUUCCUCACCACCGUCCUCUCUCGCCGCUGGACCCACCUCUGCCACGACCUCCAACACUUCUACUUCGACCAAAACCAAUUUCGAAACCGCAAUACUUGGUCAGAUUUCAGUGCAAAUAAGCGAUUUCUCGCUAUUGUUAAUUGGAUUCUCUCCCGCCACAAAGCGCCGCCAAUUCGAACCUUUCGUCUCACCUGUGACCUAAAUCCAUCCGAUGAAUCCACUCUGGAGUGGUUCAUUAUAAAGGUUUUAGGGCCAAACCUCGAGGAAUUGAACCUGCAACUCUCCUCCAUCCUUUGCUCCGUUUCCAGAGUCGCUAUUCCCAACGGCAUUUUCAGCUGCACUUCCCUCGUGACUCUCCGUUUAAACGGCGUCCACGUAAGAAUCCCUUCGCCUUCUGCCCCGUCGUGCCGUUAUCACUUGCCAUCGCUCAAGACACUGCAAUUGUAUGAUGUCAAAAUCUCUGAUGGUAACUUGGAGGAGAUUCUCUCUCACUGCACUGCUCUUGAGACUCUUAUUCUUGGCUAUGUCCGUCAAUCCUUCGUGAAGGUCCAAUUGAGUAUUUGUUUUCCUUCUUUGAAGAGUUUGCACUUCAAAUCUUAUUUCGGUGAGACUCUUAGAUUGCUUGUUAUAGACACACCAUCUCUUAAACGUCUUGAUAUCCAAGUUGAGUUGUGGUUUCACGAGAUCCGUGUUCGCAACUUGCACAAUGUGGAGGACGCCCGUAUCAACAUUUCUAAGCAAUCCUUUGUGCUUGAGUUUCUUGUGGAGCUUUGCAGGAUAAGGAUUUUGGAGCUGGGUUUAUCAGUGUUUGAUUGUUUGCCUGAGGUUCCUCCGCAUCGUAUUCCAGAGUUUACCUGUUUACGUACGCUAGAGCUUACUGUUAGGUGUUUCGACACCAGAUACAUAAUGAAUAUGCUUCAGAAAUGUCCCAUGCUUAAACUUCUUGCUAUUGUUUUUACCGCUAGACAAUAUCUAAUAACGGAUCCACAUCCGUCACGAAAAUGGGACCACUCAGUGAAGGUUCCUACUUGUCUUGCAUCACAUCUGAAAGUGUUAAAAUCAAGAGAUAUGUUGAAUCCAGAGAUGAUAGAGAUUUUUUCGCCUAUGUUCUUCAACAUGGACUUGUUUUGGAGUCACUUGAUCUUCAGGUGGAUCAUACGAGAGCUAAAGGAUUUCCAGAAGAAUUAUCCCUUUUGCCAAGGAGCUCCAAGGCGUGCCAAAUUAACUUUUGCUAUCUGUACGUAUAAUGGUGGAUGAUACGAGUCAGAUACAGUAUGUUACUAAUUAUGGCUGAAUUUUUCAUAUCUGAAACAAGUUGUACUAGUUUCAGUAGAUUCCCCCGAGUGAUAAAGGAAACUUAAAUUUUGAUGAUUUUUUCUUUUUAUA